GAUUUGAACCUUUUUGAUCCCAACAAAGAGGAAGCAUUCCAAAGGCUCCAGAGAUGUAAAAGAAGGAGUCUGUCUGGGCAGCUCCCUAGGUGGAAGUCAACCCAUUGGUCCAUGGGACAACAAUGAGAGCUUCCAACCGCUGCUGGCUUGCCCUGCCCUCCAGUGAUACUUCCUCCACAUUCCUUUGUGCCAUGGGAAAAACCUGACGGGCAGGCAGUCCUCCCGACUGAGCGACUUUCCCUCCCAGUCCAGGGACUUUGCAUGGACCUGACCAUUGGCCCAUCUUUGUGUGGUCUCUCAGAGCUGAAGGGCGUUGGCUUCUGCUUAUUUCCUCCUUUGUUUGGGGUACAUGUGCCUUCUGAGCAUCGUGUGUAAUUAUCCCAAGACGUCCAUCACUUCCCCGCAUCCUUGGCGAGGCAUCUGGACUUGCUGGGGGCCUCGCCCAUGGCCCACUAAGCCAUCAGUCAGAGGGCAUUAACAUGAGGCACUGCAUCAAUUGCUGCAUACAGUUGUUACCUGACGAGGCACGCACACAGCGACUUGGCUGCCAAGGAGGCCCCCAUCCCAGCCACCAGGCGUGCCCCGCGUGCAAAGGAGAAAACAAGAUUCUAUUCCGAGUGGACAGUAAGCAGAUGAACUUGCUUGCUGUUCUUGAAGUGAGGACGGAAGGGAAUGAGAGCUGGGGCGGGUUUCUGCGCUUCAAGAAGGGGAAGCGAUGUAGCCUGGUGUUCGUGCUGGUUAUUAUGACCUUGGUGAUGGCCUCCUACAUCCUCUCGGGAGUCCGCCAGGAGCUCCUGAUCCCAUCCCCUUUCCAUUAUGAGGGCUUCCCCAGCAGCCCCGGCAUAAUGGACGGCGAAGGCGCGGGUGACCCGAAAGAGCACCACCAUCAGCCCUCAGUCAAUAAUCUCUCCUACGUGAAGGAUUACCCAAGCAUCCAGUUAAUUAUCAACAGCAUCACAGCCAGGAUCGCCUUCACCAGCAGACAGCGCCCCCGUCUGGAAGACCUCAAGAAGCAGGAGUUGCAUAUGUUCUCCGUCAUCCCCAGUAAGUUUCUCCCGAACAGUAAGAGCCCCUGCUGGUACGAGGAGUUCUCAGGCAGAAACACCACCGACCCAUACCUGACCAACUCCUACGUGCUCUACUCCAGAAGGUUCCGCUCUACCUUCGAUGCCCUGCGCAAGGCCUUUUGGGGCCACCUGUCGCACGCCCACGGCAAGCACUUCCGCCUGCGAUGCCUGCCCCAUUUCUACAUCAUCGGGCAGCCCAAGUGCGGCACCACCGACCUCUACGACCGCCUGCGGCUGCACCCGGAAGUCAAGUUUUCCGCCAUCAAGGAGCCGCACUGGUGGACCCGGAAGCGGUUUGGAAUCGUCCGUCUGAGAGACGGGCUUCGGGACCGCUACCCGGUGGAAGAUUACCUGGACCUCUUUGACCUGGCCGCACACCAGAUUCACCAGGGGCUGCAGGCCAGCGUUGUGAAGGAGCAGAGCAAGAUGAACAAGAUCAUCAUUGGGGAGGCCAGCGCGUCCACCAUGUGGGAUAACAACGCGUGGACCUUCUUCUACGAGAACAGCACAGACGGCGAGCCGCCCUUCCUGAUCCAGGACUUCAUCCACGCCCUCCAGCCCCACACCAAGCUGGUCGUCAUGCUCAGGGACCCCGUGGAGCGGCUGUACUCCGACUAUCUCUACUUUGCGAGUUCGAAUAAAUCAGCGGACGACUUCCACGAGAAGGUGGCGGAGGCCCUGCAGCUGUUUGAAGGCUGCAUGCUGGACGGCUCGCUGCGCGCCUGCGUCUAUAACAACACGCUGAACAACGCCAUGCCGGUGAGGCUGCAGGUUGGACUGUAUGCUGUGUACCUGCUGGACUGGUUCGGCGUCUUCAGUAAGGAGCAGUUCCUGGUCCUGCGCCUCGAAGACCACGCGUCCAACGUCAGAGCCACCAUGCGCAGGGUCUUGCAGUUUCUGGACCUAGGGCCCUUAAGUGAGAAGCAAGAAGCCCUGAUGACCAAGAGCCCCGCCUCAAACACACGGCGCCCCGAGGACCGCAGCCUGGGGCCCAUGUGGCCCAUCACACAGAGGAUGCUGCAGGACUUCUACGGGCCCUUCAAUGCCCAGCUGGCCCAGGUCCUGGCCGACGAGGCCUUUACCUGGAAAAAGACGUGAGGGCCUGGUCCCCACUGUAGCCCUGUGCUGAGCAAGGGGCUCGGCGCUGUCACCAUGAUUCCCAGUCCCCCUUUGGCCGUGAGCCGUUACAGUCCCACUGGCGAAAGACCCCCGGGUUCGAGGCUUCUUUCCUGCUCGGUGACCCUCCGUCAUUAUCCCCAUUGUAAGAUUCCCGUCCCGCCCAGCGGAGCUCCACUGACAGCCCGCUUCUGCAAGAACCCAGUUCUCGGGGCUGUGGCAGGCCCAUGUGGCUGGGUGUGGAGAAGCCGCCGUGGCUCCUGCCUCCAGGGGCAGGCGAGCUGGGGUGUCCAGCUCUGGGCUCAGGUUCAACAGCCAGAGGCCACACCGUGGGGCUGGCCAGAACCCCAGCUUCCCAGGUGCUUGGCAAACAUGGGGGCACAACUCACUCAGACAGGUGCUUCCAUCUGCCCCUCUGUGCUAGGGCCAGCCCCGGGGUCUUCAGAGGGAGCCCUGUGACUGUCCCUGUUGAAAGAGCCACACACCCCUUGGGUUUGGGUAGCACAUCUCCCGAGGCCCUGGCCUCCUUCCUUGCAUGUGGAGUUGGCCUUUCUGUGUUUGCCAUGGAGAAGGAGGGUGUGGAAAGCAAACCCCAGCUGCACCUCACUGGCUGCAGCGCUUGUUCUGACCACGGAGCAGGUUCUGAUCCAGUGUCUGGCGUGAAGAGAAACCUUGUUUGCCAGUGUCAGCGCGAGCCACGUCAGAAGUGAACUCUCGGUGGAAAAUCCAGGAACCUCAGCGAGCGGGGAAGUAGGUCUGAGGGCUGGCCGGGUUCUGUGCUUCCUGCUGGAGCAGACCCACCUGCCUGGGGGACCUGCUGCCCCGCUCUCCACUGUGGCGUGGCCCAGUGUCUUUGAGCCACCAACGCCUCUUCCUGACUCCCUAGUGCGAUGCGGGAGAUCAGCCUGGGCUGACGGUGGGGCACCCGCAUUUGGACGGAGAUGGGCAAGAGCCAUGUUCUUCGUGGGACGUUCUGGGCCUCUUGCUAGUGUGGCUGGCAGAGGACGGGCCAGCUGCAUGGCCUUGGACAUGAUGGAGCGUGACUGAGCACACUGGGUGCCCUUCACAUGCAAGACGCUCUGCAGCCCCGCUGCUGCUGUGGGGUGGGUGUGGGGGGCUUCCUAUCCCCCAGUGCCCCCAGACUCCAGGCCUUGGACUCUGAAGUCAGAGGAGACGGGGCUCCCUUGCUGUGAGGAGUUAUGGUCCUUCAGUUGUCCUGCCAGAGCAGCUGCCCUGCCCCUACCCAGGUGGACUGCAGAGCCGCUGGAAGGCAAGCAGAAGGCUGCGUCCUGGCCCCGCUGGCCUGUGCUGCUCCCGGAGGAGCGGCUGGCCCCUUUGUUCCUCCCUGUUGUCUGGAAGUCUGGCCGGGACACGCAGAGGCCUUCGGGAGCCCUCACUCAGAUGUGUGUGUGGUCACAGCCCGAGGGAGCGGUGUGUGCACGCUCCCGAGUCCCGUCCUGUCGAUGCUGAGGCUGCCCCCCUGCAGGCCCUGCCCUUGCCCAGCUGAGCGCCUCUGCCCAUCCACCACCUGGUCAUCACCAGCCCACGCUUCCCUCUUCCACGCCGACCUCAGCCACCACAUGGGGACUUUCUUCCGCACUCCUGUGCAUGGGAACAACAUGUCGUGUUGUAAUUCUGCUUCUUACAGAAGUAUUACCAAGUUGUAUUCUUUCCAAUAUUAUUUGGUUUAUUCUACAGAUCUUUUUAUACACGCAGGUCUGCCCCUUCUGGGCUGCACAAUGCCAUCCGAUGCGGUUCCCUCUGAGGGUGUCCCCGGCCACGUGGACCUGGUCCGUGCUGGGCCAGUGCUUCUCUGGCAGUCAUCACAAACCAAAGCGCAGAGGACCCUUGCUCCCAACAGGGCAUCAAGGCUACUCUGGGUUCCAGAAGCCGAGGGGCGGGCUGCGGCCCCACAUCCUUUGGUUGUCUGACAGUGAGCCACAGUCGCCUGUAUCGUAUUACUAUUUAACACGAUUAAAUUGAUCCAUACA